UGUCCAAUGUGUAUAAUAAUUUUGUGGAUUAAUCUUGGAUUCUUGCAUACCAAAAUCGAAAUAAUGGAAAUCUUUAUUUUAUUAAACAGAAAUUCUAGUUGACAGAUUCCCAUAAUGAGCAUAAGUUUAUCUGUUUUAUUUUCUCAUUUGUAUCCAACAGAUAUCUGAGUUCUGCAUGGCCAUGCGUCUGUCCCAGCACGUGCCCGAGGAAAUCAUCCCCACCUCCUUGGCGGUCUCUACGCUGACGGGCCCUCAACCCUCAGGCAGCACAACAUCCUUCAUCCUAACAGAGAAAAAGCGGAAGUGCGAAACUUUCGACCUGACACCACAACAGUGUGAGGAUCUUUUGAAGCACUACCUGGGGACCAACUCCAAGUUUACUUCGCUACACAGAUCACUACAGAGAGAACGAAACCGGUCUGGCAGUCAGCUGCCCAUGAAGUCAUGGAAGCCCCAAAGGGCACUGUCGGAGGAAGAACGGGAAACCUUGGAGGGGCCAUCCAGUCACGGUGUAAAGUAUUUCGUCGGCCAGAGAUUCGCCGAUGGCAGGAUGACAGAGUACAGAUGCGAAGCGGUGGAGGAAAGGAGCCGGCAGAUCUCGUCAUUUGUGGGUAAGAGGCUAGAAGGCUUCGGGCCAUCAUUCGGCAGGAUCCUGUACUUUGUGCGACACCGGUUCCUGGGAGUCGAGACGGACCUGGCGUACAUCAAAUGGCUGCCCCGGGCUGAGCGCGAUGACGACACAAACCUUUUCGUGAUCGACUCGGAGCUGCCAACACCGCCACAUCAGCCUUUCCUGCCGCUGGAAGAUCUUUCACACCCCUUAGUGACAGCCGUCGAGCCAACAGACGGGCAGCUAUGGAUUCUAAAUUUUGACAAUGUUUUGAUAGACUAGUAACUUUGUAAUGUAUCUGUAUCUAUAUGUCUGCUUACCCUGCACCGCCGGCCAAGAGCAGGCCUUUUUUUCCUGCUCGCGGUAUAUAAAUUGGUUUGAGAGACGACUCGCAACCGCUCUCUGAAAAAAAAAGUCUGCUUACCCCGAACCGCCGGCCAAGAGCAGGACCUUUUUCCUACUCGCGGUAUAUAAAUUGGUUUGAGAGACGACUCGCAACCGCUCUCUGUAAAAAACGUCUGCUUACCCCGAACCGCCGGCCAAGAGCAGGACCUUUUUCCUACUCGCGGUAUAUAAAUUGGUUUGAGAGACGACUCGCAACCGCUCUCUGUAAAAAACGUCUGCUUACCCCGAACCGCCGGCCAAGAGCAGGACCUUUUUCCUACUCGCGGUAUAUAAAUUGGUUUGAGAGACGACUCGCAACCGCUCUCUGUAAAAAACGUCUGCUUACCCCGAACCGCCGGCCAAGAGCAGGACCUUUUUCCUACUCGCGGUAUAUAAAUUGGUUUGAGAGACGACUCGCAACCGCUCUCUGUAAAAAACGUCUGCUUACCCUGAACCGCAACCCAUAGAGCAGGACCCUUUUUCCUGUUCUCGGUAUACAAAUUUGUUUUGAGAGAAGGCUCGCAUGAUGUACCUCUCGAUGUAAAACGCUUGUCACUGCAAAUUUUGCCAUUGGUUUUAUAUGUUUGAUGUGUAAGAUAAAGAAUAAUAUUAAUAGUUAGUAAUAUGCGCCCUGUCACUUGUUACCCUGUGAUUUUAUAAAUCUAUCAACUGUAUUAGUAUACUAUUACUGCAUAACUACACUAACUGGCUAGAGCAUGUUUUCUUUAUAAAUAUGUCAGCUUUUUGUGUUAGCUGGUUCAAAUGUAUUGAUUAUCAAUGUUUACCGACAAAACUUAUAAAUCUUUGGCCUCACCGUGGUGAUGUUGAGAAGAAGCUGACCUUGGGCGGACCCACAUUUGGUCUGAAUCAAAAUCUGUAUGAUUUAGUGGUAAAAAUUAUGACUGACAGUCUAGCAAGUAUUCGUCACUCCUUACAAUUGUUCUGUAUGUAUUAGCAUAGUUGUCGACGAUUGCUCAUAUUGUGCAGGGACAAUUGCAAUUACAUGUAUAUAAGAAUGUAGGAGUACUCAACAGUGUGAAAUAGGAAACAAAGUUGUGUAACAUAGAUUUGUAAAUACACAUUAUAUUCGAAAGCAAAAUUGAAA